AUGAAGUGCUUCAUCAUCACAGGCGCCAUCUUGUUGGCGCCCUUGGCGAUGGCCAAGCCGGUUAACCUUCAAUCAGCCCGGCCCAGUCUCAUCGGGCUUGCGGCGGCGGCCGCCGGCAAGAACAUCACGUCGGAUGGCCCGAACUUCGAAGACAACGUUCAAGGACCUGAGCGACCUGAGCAGGACGUGCACCAGUGCAUCGUAGACUGCUGGGUCAAGAAAAUAGGGGAUGCGAACAAGAUAGGGGAUGCGGACACAAUGAAAUGCACGUGGGAUUGCAUGCACCGCCCCAAGGACACCGUCAAUGUUCCGUCCACGAGCACUUCGCCGUCCACGAGCACUCCGCCUUCCACGAGCACUCCGCCUUCCACGAGCACUCCGCCUUCCACGAGCACUCCGCCUUCCACGAGCACUCCGCCUUCCACGAGCACUCCGCCUUCCACGAGCACUCCGCCUUCCACGAGUCCUCUUGUUCCCACCGGGUCGAGGACGUGCUCGAGCACUAUCAGCUCGACUGCUGCUCCCACCUCGACUACUACUAGUACUCCCGACGAGGCUACCACGGCCAUGAUCACGGUCACCAAUACCGCGACGGUCACAGAAACAAUCUAUAUGCCAGACGACGCUACUACCACUGGAACCUCUGAGCCAACUUUGGCUCCCACUGGUACGCCCGACGCGACUACUACUGCAACUUCCGAUUCAACACCCGCUCCUACUCCUAUCGAUACAUCUGCGGAGACAACUACUACCGCUGUAAUUACCAGCGCUCCUGAUAGCACUGAUACUGGAACUUCCUGUGCUUCGAUGAGCUGUGAUCCUACGACCACCGUCACCGUCGCCACAACGAUCACAGCCUCGCCCUCGCCUUUGGCUUCGACUUCAACCUCGGUCGAUGGCCCCGUCUCUACCCCGGAAGCGUCUUCAACGUCGACCGUAACAUCGACAUCAACCGACGCUUCUAUCUCUAUCCCGGAAGCAUCGUCAACGUCGACCUCAACAUCUACUGCUUCUGUCUCUACCCCAGGAUCGCCAUCAUCCAGCACUUAUUCGUCCGGUUUCAUCACUACCACCGCCGCCCCCGAAGAAGUUACGGUCACGGCAACCAACAGUGUCACCGUCGCCCCAGCAGAAGUCACAGUCACCGAAACCAACACUGUCACCCAGUCACAGCCGCACUAUCUCCUUAACCCUUUCCGCCCGUUCGACCCAAACCCUACCAUGGCAUAA